AUGGAAUAUAGUCCGGCUCUGCAGGAUGCCCAUGUUGUGCCACCACCAGCCCACGUGAAGAACAAACUGUUCGUCGUCUGCGUCAUGUUGUCCCUUUGGCUGUGCAUGAUCUACUGCCUCCUGGGCAACACCUCGGCCGUGCCCGGAUUUGGGGGCGAGACCGGAGGAGCGGUCGCGGAGCCAAGGCGCGGCGGCUCCUCGGCACGUCCGUCGGGGGACCUGCUCCACAACGACGCGGACAGCAGAGGGGACGAGGCCAACGCGGUGGCGGCGGCUUCCCUCAAUGAAUCGGAGAGUCAAAAGUUGCCGCAGGCCAUCAUCAUCGGCGUGAAAAAAGGCGGCACGCGCGCCCUGCUGGAGUUCCUGCGGCUGCACCCGGACGUGCGCGCGGCGGAGGCAGAGCCGCACUUCUUCGACCGCAACUACCACAAGGGCCUGGACUGGUACAGGGAACUGAUGCCAAAGUCCUCCCAGGGUCAGCUGACCAUGGAGAAGACGCCCAGCUACUACGUCACAGAGGAGGUCCCCGCUCGAAUCUACGCCAUGUCCAAAGAGACCAAGCUGAUCGCGGUGGUCCGAGACCCUGUUACGCGAGCCGUCUCCGACUACACCCAAACCCGCUCCAAGAAGGCGGACAUCCCGUCUUUCGAAAGCCUGACCAUCAAGAACACGUCAGCAGCGGGUAAGAUUGACACGGCGUGGAGCGCCGUCCAGAUCGGCCUGUACGCCAAGCACCUGGAGCACUGGCUCCGCUACUUUCCCUCCGAGCGGCUGCUGUUCAUCAGCGGCGAACGGCUAAUUGGCGACCCCGCUGCGGAGCUAGCGCGUGUCCAGGACUUUCUGGGGCUCAGCAGAGCGGUCACCGAGAAGCAUUUCCUCUUUAACCCGGCCAAGGGCUUCCCCUGCCUCAAGAGACCCGAGAGCAACAGCAAAGUCCGCUGCCUGGGCAAAACCAAAGGCAGAACCCACCCCGCCAUUGACCCGCAGGUGCUGCGGAGACUACGAGACUUCUACAAGCCCUUCAACAGGAGGUUCUACCAGAUGACCGCUCAAGACUUUGGUUGGGACUGA